AUGUUACUUGCAAAACAUCUAUCAGUAUGCCCAGAUGAACAGCUGAUUUCAGAGUUGAAGCGAAUAAAGGUUUGGAAUUACGGAAAGUGUGAACUUGGACUUUGGGCGGACGUUUUGGAUCGAUUAGAUGCUAUUUUGGAAAAUGCUGUAACGAAAGUUGGAAAGUGGAUGCUUCGUCUUGAUGCACCGGGAAACUCUUCUCUUGUUGAGGAUGUGGUGACUAUUUUGGAGUUUACUGGUCACUUGAUCGAGCAUAGUAUAUACAGAUACUUGUAUGGAUCCUGGACUCAUAUACUUGCUUUGUUUGGCUCUUCAAACCUUGAUGUCUUGCUGGCUGUUCUCGGUCUAUCGUACAACUUUAGCAAACGGAGCAACUAUUUUAUUAGGUUAGACCCAACAAACAAACAGAUGAUUCUCGAUCGUCUUGUAUCAAUCGCUGAAACUUGGGGUGGAGCAGAAAAUGGAUUUGGACUUGCAGCUUGUUGUGAUCCAAAUCAUCACCCAAGUUCUAGCGAACAUUUGGGGUCUUUAAAUUCUGGCGGAACGAUUGUGCUUCAAGCUCUCCACCGCAGAAAUCAAAUUCCGUCCGAAAUAAUGGAAGAGUUGCUAGCUGUGCAUCCUGUACCUGCAUCUCAACAGAUGGCUUUGUUCUCCCGUGUUCGACUAGCAACUUACUUUGCUGACCCUACACAGCGUCAUAAGUGCAUACGUGCUAGACUUCAAGCACUAUCCAUUCUCUCAUAUACAUUCGAGGUUGAUGAGCGUCAUUUGUAUCCUAGCUUGAUAGACGAACUUGUGGAAGUACUUGGUUUGUCAGAUGACCAGUAUAUGGGGAUCAAGGCAUGCGCUCUUCGAACAAUGACUGCUAUAGUGAAUUCCCACAGAUUGGGCAUAAACUGGGGGUCGUUGGUUGGAUCUACUGGAUUGUCCAGUUACCAUGGUAUUUUACCUAAUUUGACCAGAAAAUGGAUCCAUGGUCUUGUAGAUGGUUCUAUAAAAGCUCCUGCUGGGAGCACAAAUCAGCAUUUCACAACAGCUCUAUUGUCCUUCUUGUAUCAUCUAGCUUGUUAUGAAGAAAACGUUGGUCCAGAUUUAGGAAAUACACAAAACACAACUCUUAGCUCUAGUGGUGUUUUGGACACAAUGACGCAGCUUAUUUCUUGGCACACACCACACAACGAUUAUUUGAGUUAUGUCACACGUGCUGUUCGUGUGACUGAUCAAAUCCUGUUGAGUAUUUCUUCAAGUCGUCAACAUGUAGUAAGUAUUUUGGUCGAUCGAUUAAAUUAUGAAGUUGAAGUUGUUCUUCAGAGUUCUACAUCAAGUAAUAAAUCAAGCGUUUCCGAUUGUGAACAGACUUUGAAUACACAGCGCUCUGGUCUUAUGAAGUCUAUACUUAAUUUACUGAAGCGACUUUGUUUGGACGCGGAAUGGGGCGACAUAGUUCACUCUGUAAUGGAUGGUAACCUACCUUCGGUCCUGCGUCAAAUUUUCCUCAAUGGUUCCACCCAUUUCACUCCACAUUUGUCACUUUUCGCUAUGGAAACUAUUACCAACUACCUGUAUACAUAUCCAUCUAGAAUUUCAACUAUGCAGGAUAAGAAUAUUACAAGUGAUAUUUUAAAAGCCUUAACUGAACAACCAUUACCUCAAAAUCGAGAUUUUCUUGUACAGCUGCCAGCAUUAUUGAGUACUUUAGCUUUGAAUUCUCGUGGUAUUGAGGCUAUUUUAUCAAGUGGUGUGAUUAAUCGUUACUUAAAUACAUUAGUUUCACCAGAUUAUCUUACAACAAUGAAAACUAAACGUGUCCGUGAAUUUAUAUCACAGAUACCGUACGAUAUGAAUUGUAAUUCCGGUCAAAAUUUAUCUAAUAGUUUAACAGCGAGUCAAAUGAGUAAUGCCAUACAAGAACUACUCCGAUCACAUACUGAACUAAAACCUGUUGUCUUUAAAUGUGUUAUUUCUUGUCUGCGUCAUGUUGUAGGUCUUGGAAAAACACCAGCAACAUUACCAUCUGAAAGUGUGUCUUGUAAUCCAGCAGUUUUCAAUAUCUUAUCAAGGUCUACCAGGAAUCCUAAUAAUUUCGGCUUACGUAGUUUUGCAGAAGUUGCCAGUGAACCACCGAUCCAUCAGACACAAGAUUCUUCAGGUAGUAUCAGUCAAUCCAUUACAAGUGCUCCUUUAGGUCUGAAUAAUAUCCAAAAUGCUAUUGGUGCAACUGAAGAUGAUGUAGUGAUGUCUGGAGGCGAAGAUGAAGAUGAUGAUUAUAACAGUGACAUUGAUGUAAAUCAAGAUAGCCAACAAGCACAUAAUCAUGCUGAAACUGUACAGGCUGGUACCAUUGUAUCCGGACCAUCAAUUUCCAUGGCUAGUUUGGAAUCUUCUCUUGAGUGUGAAAAGGUUCCAGUUACAAAUGAUGCUAAUACAGCUCGUACUGAAGCUAGCUCUGUAACUCCUAGUGUGUUUCUGCCUGACUUCAUGUUGAAUAUGUGUAAAUUUCUUGAGAAACUUUUACCAUUCGGAUCUCAUACUACUGAAGCAAUGUGCCCACAAUUUGUUAGUCAAGGUGGACUACAAGCUUUAUGUGAUUUAAUUCGUAUGCCUGGUUUACCGUAUGAUUUUCCAGUGUCUGCUACAUGUGCAUCAUUGUGUAAAAUUUUCGAAGACUUAGCGAAUUCGGUUAAUUUAACCGAUGUAACUAAACCCUUGUUUCAGUGCUUGGAAUCUUCAUUGGAUAGACUAUCUGUUUUACACACUUCUAACUAUCCAAUGAGUUCCAUACUCUUACGUGAAUAUUUGUCUGGUGAACGAGAAGUAUUGCAUGAAUUGGUGACAAUCGCUUCAGUAGUUUGUAUUUUAGUACAAAUGAUUGAGCAUAUUAAAUCAGAAAUUCGUAUGUCAUUGGCCAGUAGUUGGUUAUCUCAGAACUGUUUGAAAACAUUGGGGCGUUUAUAUUUAGGAGUUUCUUGGGAAGCUGGAAUCCUCCUAAAAGUUCUUUUUGGCGACAAAGACAUAAAUGAAUCUGAUAUGUUGAAUGGAUUAAAAAUACCUCAACAUUUACUUAGUAGUUCUUCUAAAUCAUCCGAUUCAAAUUCUACUGUUCCAAAUAGAGUUAUAAACAUUCCAUCAGAACCAAUGCCACAAUUUGUAGAGGCUCUGCACAUGUAUUCUCUUAUUACACAGUCCAUUUCCCCUACUACCGAUGGUCAAUCUGCUUUCAUAUCUAAACAUCCAGAACUUGUCAAACCGUUGAAUCGAAUACUGCAUGUAACGGCAUUUCUUAUUAAUUCUGUCACAGAAUUAUUUAUUGCUCUUGGGAGAUUUUUCUCAAAUCGCACACAAAUUAAUUAUAGACGUCGUCGAACCACAUUAUUUCCUAAUGAAUUAAUUCCAAAUGAAAUGAAAUCACGUGCACUGGCUCAAGUUGUAGAUGUACUUUCCAUCAUGUAUACAUGGGAACCAGCUUCCACUAAUCGUAAUCACAAAGCAACUGCAUCUUUAAACUAUGCUAUUCGUUAUGCGUCAGUUCGACUAACUAACCUUCUACUUCAUGAUUCAGUUCAAAGGAAUUCAGAUCUAGGAAUGAUUAAUGCAUUCUUCAGGCUAAAUGGAAUAACUCUUUAUUUUGGGUUAUUUCGUCAGCUGAUCAGUUUUGAUCUAGAUGAUCCAACUAUACGAAAACCGUUAUCAAUUGUAUUAGAAGAGUGGCUUGUAUGUGCAGAUCGUAUGAGCAAUGCAAGUUUUUGUGCUCCACCUAAUUCAGAUACUAAUCGAACAACUGACACUGAAGCAAAUACAAUGAACGUGAAGAAGAUAACUGCACGUGUUCAUCAAUGUAUGAUACCUGCACUGGCACAAUUAUGUUCUCGAACAGAUUUGCAGGAUUUGCUCAGUCGUAAAGCUGUUGAACAUUUACUCAGUAUGCUGGUCACCAUUGUGCCAUACAUUUUCAAUCCUGACAAUAAACAACGUUUAAUCAAGUCUGACGAGUCCACCAAUGCUAUUCAUUCAUCAGGUUGGGAUAAGACGGUAGACGGACGUACAAAUAAUCUACCAUCUACUGACAAUCUUAUCGAAAUAAACCCUAGUACACAUCAUCAACCUAUCCAACCUUCUAUGCUACAAGAAGCUCCAAAUAUACUUAUCAGCAGUUCAAAUAGAUUAGAUGAACCACAGAUUGCACCUACUGAAUCACCGUUGGAAGGAACAGAUAUUUCUUCACAGAUUUUAUCUACUGCAAUUACGCAGGAUCCGUCUGCUACACCAAUUUCGGUUGAUCAAGCAAUGAGUCAAUCAAAUGCAGUUGAUAAUCCACCAUUCAAUAUGUAUUUCGAUGUUGAUUCUGUCCCGCCAGAUAAUGUGAUACGUGAUCAUGAAGCCCUUCGUUUAAUGGAAGAAAUGGGUUUUGCUCGUGAUUUAGCUAUUGUCGCUUUAGAGCAAACUGGAUGGAAUGCUAAUGAAGCUGUAAAUCUUGUAAUAGCAACUUCUCCACAUGAUCUCAUGCAAAAUGCCAAUCCCUCCUUUAUCUCUGGGUUACGAAGAGGUAGAACAUCACGUAGAGCUCAACGUAGACGUACACUUGGAGCUGGUAAUGCAGCUAAUGAAUCCAGUCCAUUAAUAACUAAUGUCGAUAAUUCACAAUUCCAAACUGAUGUUUAUGAACAUGUAACAGAAUUUAUUGAUAAUUUUAGUACCAGUGAACAUAUAGAAUCACGAAUCAAUCCAGAAUGUCCCACUUUGUCUGAUAACGAAAUCACCUCGUCGUUAGGCAAUAAAGACACUUCAACUAUAAAACGAUCCAAUAUAUCUAAAUUUCCACUCGUUAUGAUGGAAUUAUGUAAUGAGAAAACUUAUAAUGAAGCGUGUGAAUCUCUUAAACAAAAUGUCUUCAAGACAUGUUAUGCUAUUGCUAAAUGUCAUCAGUCCUACCAGAUUCUCCAUCAAAUUGCUGAACUAUUUAUAUCCAGCGGAGAACAUGAACAAUACAUCAAUGAGUUAUUUAGCGUAGUCACAUCACAUCUAAAGUCAUAUUUUAGUGUUUCACCUAAUAAAACUCCAAAUAAAUCUGACAAUGAAAAUUAUGACUUCACAAAUUAUGAGAAAGAACAUCAAACUGUUGGAUUACAUUUAAUUGCUCUCCUAUUCACCAGAUCCCCAUUAGUUUGUGCUUGUUUAGCUUGGAGUCAUAAACUUCCAAGUGUAUUGAUUCAAUUUGUAUCCGAUUCAGAUAUUCUAAAUAAGUCAGUUACUACUACUACUACCUCUAAUACAUUCCUUGUAUUAGAUCAGUAUGAGAGAAGUAUACAAGCUCUACGUUUACGUCAAGAAUGUGUCAAGCUGUAUGCUUCUUCGCAUAAUUGGCAUUGGUUUGAUAAUCAAGCAAUGCUUUGGCAUCCUUAUACUAAUGAAAGUAUACGAAUUAUUGAUAAAAGUUUUCAUAAAGGUGAUUUAUGUGCAUGUUGUGAUAUUAAUCGUCGACCAUAUACUAUUGAAUUUCCAACUCUGACACAAAUAAACCUUGUCAGUAUGCAUAGACGUCCUGUUAUGCUUUUCCCAUCUGUUUCUGAGACUACAGAAACAGAUGAAGCGUCGUCAAUACAAACGACACCUUAUGAAUUGAGUUUAAUGAAUACAAAGAUACCAGAAUGUUUGAAUGCAGGAGAACGUUCAAAACUAUGUCAUGCAUUAUUGACACAUUUCCGUACCUUCAAAAAUUUAUCAUCUUCAGAACAACAAUCACAUUCCGAAAAUCAGCAUUCUGAUGAUCAGUCUCCUCUACCUUCAGACUGUUUAAACGCUAUGUUCAGGUUGUUACUACGUUUAUGCUUUACAAGUUAUGAAAAUGCAGAUAAGUUAGCUGAAGCGGAUCUCUUGAUAACUCUAUUUUCAUAUCCACAUACGCGAGAGUUUUCUCCGGAAUUCUCAUCUUUCGUCGGUGCUUUGAUUUCCGAAAUUUUUGACGAUACUUCGACAAUUGAUCGAAUAAUGAAGGAAAUUUACAUCCGAAUGUCCAGAUCUGGUAUGCCUAAUGUGUUCAUGGGAAUCGAUGCUGGUCCUAGAGCUUGUCGAGAUUUGUUCUAUUUGUUGAGCUUAUGUACACCGUUGCUUGCUAAAGAUCGUGAACGUGCUCUUAGAUUAGCAACAGAAACAUUCAGUUUAUCCUUGGCCGAUAGCGAUAUAGAAGGUAAAGUUUAUCCAAAGACGUAUGUCGUUGAAGAAGCUAAUCCUCCUGGUGCUGCUGUUACUGACCGUUCUUCAAUUAUAUCGUUCCCCCUUAGUCCACGUCAGAAGCAUUUACUUACCCAGCUAAUGGAUUUAAUUAUGUGUUCAACUUGGAAAUCUAGAGGAAAUCACAAUUUAACUGGUCUCCAACAUUUAGAAGUAACAGAAGCAUCCGGAAAUGACGGUUUUACCUCAGAAUCUGUUUAUCCUCCAAUAUCUAAUACAAGAAAUGUUAUUUCGAGGAGCGGUGCUACAAAUGUACAAUCUGCUAAUACAUAUAGUCGUUCAGAUCAGUCAUCACUAGAAAACUCUACAAUUCGUUUAACACAUAGUGAAUUUAAUAAACAAAACGGGUUUGUAGUUUUAGGCAAAUCAGAUGCGAUGCAAUACUUGAUUGACUUAGUUGGUACUUACAAAUCCGUCGCUGAAUUUGUCGCAAUGUAUAAACACAAACAUUCCAUGGAGCAUACAUCUGGAAGACCAAACACCGAUGUAUCAAAGUGUUCUUUUAUCUCCUACUUAUUUAGUCAUCUGUUAAAUAACUCUGAAACAGCCGAAUCUACCAUGUCAUUGUUGAAAAAUUUAAUACUCAUCAGUAGUGAAUCCAUUCAAGGAGUAAUUAUAAAUGAAUUUAAAGCAUCGCUUGGUCGCGUUGCCACUAAACAUUACCCUAUUUCACCAGAAGAUAUUAAGUCUGAAGUUAUCUCUCCAAUGAAAAAUGAUCGAAUCUCAUCUCAUAUGAUGUUUUUAAUGCGUAUACUAUCAUUGCCAUCUCCUUUAAUUAAUCGUGUUUUACGUUUGUUAUAUAAACGAAGAAUACCAGCGGAUAUUGCUAAAUUAAUUGCUAUUGUUGACUGCAAUUUACCUAACACACAGUUCACAAUUAAUAUUAUGUUGCACGCUCUAGAAAGUUUAACUCUAGUAGAUCGUCAAUACACUAAGUUUAAUUCGCAAGGAAAAAGACUUGCGAAUAACUCUACGGGACGACAAGUUAAUGUUGCGUCAGCCUCAAAUGAAGAGUCAGGUGAUGUAGAAAUGAGACUCACUAAUACUAUACAAACAUCUUCAACUAUUACCGACUCAACCUCACAGAAUCUAAUGCUUAAUACCAUACCAUCAUCUGAACAAAGAACUGAUGUCUCCCUUGACAGAGGCACAACUAACAUAUCUUCCACCAUUCCUGGAUCGGAUCAUACUAUCAAUACUUCCAGAGAUUUUGAGACUGAUUCCGAUGAUGAUGAUGACGAUGAUGUUACAAUGUCCGAUCAACAGGAGUUUUCACACCCUGUGCAAAAUGUAGAUUCAGCUUUCGAUAGACCUAGUUUGAUUUUAUCUAGCACUGCACAAGGUAGUGCUUCUUCAAGUCUUAAUCGCGUUCUUAAUGAUGUUUUGGCUGCCCAGGCCGAUAUGGUCAUUAAUUCUGAUCACAAUGAAAACGUCCAUCAACCUUGGCGUAGUGUAGGCAACGGGGAUCAAGAAACUAGAUCUGUGAUAUUUGUUUAUGAUGAUGAAGAUGAAGGAAGUUCCGGCCAAGGUGCUGAAGGUAAUAAUAGUCAAGAAGAGGAGGAAGACGAUGAUGUCCUUGGCGAAGAUGAGGACGAAGAGGAUGAUGAUGAUGACGACGAUGACGAUGAUGAUGACCAGGACGAUGAGGACGGUGAGAAUGAUCCGGAUGUUGAAGGUGACGACGGUGAUGUUGAUGUUAGCGGUGAAGAUGAGGAGGUUGCUUUUGUUCUUAGUAGAAGUCGCAGACAUGGGAACCGUACUCGACCUUCUGGUUUGUCUAGCCCACGUCGUCGUCGACCGAAUGCUUCCAUUUCUGUUACCGUUACUACUAGUCGAGCCAACAGUGAUCGCAAUCAGAAUACUGAAUCUCAUGACGAUGGUGGAAACUUGCAUAAUGAAGAUGCCGAUAUUGUACUUCAUGACGAUACGCAUGUGGACGAUGAUGGGAGCUUUGGUGAUGAUGAUAUAGAUACGUAUGGUAGAGAUGACGAUGAUACUAGUCGAGAUGAUGUAGCGAUUAUUUCUUCUGAUAUACCUGGUGUUAUCUUUCCCAAUGAAAACCGUGGGUCUCAUGGAAACCAUUCAGUUGCAGCUGUGGUCGAAGAGACUCUCCGUCGAGUAGUUGCUCCACCUUUGAAUGUAAUCUCAUCUAAUGGUUUUAGAGAUCUCGGAACAAAUAAUCUGUCAACCUUAAAUGUCCAGUCGCGAGGUUCUUCUACCGGUAACUGGGAUUAUCUUCUACCCGCCUUUACGAAUUUAAUUGCUCGUCAUGGUUCCCGACACAUUCCUUUUGAUGGUGAAUCUAACCUACCGACAAGUACUACUAUAUUCCGUUUCGGUCCUGAGGCAUCAGUAUUUGUAGGUGGAACUAAUUCAACUCGUUUGGGAUCUGGUGUAAAUUUUGUUUAUUCUUCAAAUAAUCAAACAGGUCUUAAUAAUUCUCAAUCUAUUCAAGCAUUACCAGCUGCAACCCUGGCAAAUCAGCAUCCUUUACUUCAGGUACCGAUGACCGCUGGAGCUAAUGUUGGUCUUUCAACAAUUAACACAACGCUGGAACAUCUAGUCACAAUACAUCACUCAAUAACUCUUACUGGUUUACGCCAUCAUACUUCAUUUAGCCGACUACUUAAUGCUGAAUCGGAACCAGAUGGUGUUAGUUCGGGAGGGUCUAAUAGUCUGACUCGAAGUCAACUUGCUACUGAUGUUAGCGGUUUAGGUUUAAGUCGGCCAAUCAUCGCAGAUGCUGUUUCUAUGUCACCAGUAAAUCGUGUAUUUUAUGUCCCACCAACGAUCCCUCAACAACAAUUUCCACCAUCUUAUGGCAGCCGUCAUCGAUUUCCAGGCACAACUCUAUCUCACCUCCCUUCAAGUUCCGGUAGUUGUUCACGUCACCAAACCUCAUUCAAUCGGUCAUUUAAUUCUGAUUUAGAACCAGAUGCAAAUAAUGAAUCUAGCAGUAGUCACUUUUUCAGCCAAGUUACUGCCAAUGCUCGAGAUAAUCGUUCUGGACCAGAAGCCGAUGCACUGGUGUGGACUAUGCUAACAAGUCUAGCUGAAGACCAACCUUCUCCUGUUAAUUCCGCUCUAAGCGCAGCUAUAUUUUCUAGGUUCCUUUCACAAGGACAAACUAGUCGAAAUCAACAAGGAAUUAUGGAUAUUCGUUCUAGAGGACUAACUCCUUAUGCAGGCUAUGCUCUACCACCCCAUUAUCGACGAUGGACCAAUCUAUCCCGAAUGUUAUUCGGGCAUGAAAUUAUGGAUCUUAUUCUUUUGGGUCGUCAUCAUAUUUAUAAAGCCCUCGAACAGAAACGUCAUGAAUUAUACAAUCUGCGUAUUUCAGAAAAUGAAAUAGUCUGCUUAUCUGUAGUUACUAGUUCUCCGGAUGAACCACUGGUUGCAGCUCCAGCAUUAACUUCUACUAAUAAUAAUGCUAAUGAAUCUGCAGAAACGUUUGUAACAUUUGCCACUCCUCUUGUUACUUGCGUGUCAACGUCUGAAACUCCGGUUACACUCAAGAAUCUUCUUGUACCUACAUUUAAUCAAACUAAUCCAGAUGUAUGUGUCAGUGAAGCAUCUGAAAUAUCGAUUUCAUCAGAUGUGUCUAUGUCAAAUCCAGCUAUUUUACCUGUUCAAAAUGAACCAGAACCUGCAAAUCCUAUAGAAAAUAUAUCAAAUCUUGUAACAUCUAAUGACAUUCCUACUACUAAUACUUCCACUGGACCACCAACAAGAUCUCUUGUUAUGACUGAUGAAGAAACUAUUCAAUCAUUAGUGGAAGGUGGAAUGGAUCCGUCGUUUUUAGAUGCAUUGCCUGAAGAAAUGAGACAAGAAGUUAUUGCAGAUCAUCGUUAUGCAAGACAAGUUCAACAACGAAUUAAUUCUAUGAGUUUACCGGUACAUGUUAAUUCAGAAUGGUUGACUGGACUUCCACCUCAUAUUCAAGAAGAGGUCCUAGCACAAUUUCGUCAAGAGCAACAACAACAACAGUCUUCCACCCAACCCCCUACAACCACAUCUGGCGAAACUAAUUCAACUGAACAACCUACUACUCAGCCGCCAUCUACGCAAAAUACAACUGACAGUAAUACUGCAUUUCUUGUGUCUCUGCCACCUUCUGUACUUCGUGAAGUAUUGGCUGAUAUGGAAGAAUCACAAUUGGAAACACUCCCCCAGUAUUUGGUCGUUGAAGCUAACAGAUUACGUCGAGAGCACGAAGAACGUUAUGCUCGUGCUGUUCAAAAUGGUAUUUUAGCUCAUUCCAAUGAUUCCCGACCUUAUCACUUCUGGCGUAAUUUCACCACCACUUCUGGAUUACUAGGUGGUGGUGGACAAGGACGUUGGAUUGUUCGAUUUCAUUCAAAUGAUCAAAUUGUAGUUCAUCCUAACAAUAUAGAUGGUUCAUUAAGUCUGAAUAAUGCUUUAGGUGUUCGUGCAAUGGCCGGUUUAUCUAGUCGUGAAUUAAUUGAUCAUGAAGGAUUAACAUGUAUAAUAGUACUGCUUGUAGCCAGUUCUUCAUGUUCUAAUCAAAGACAAAACAUAGUGCCAACGGUGAAGAAAGUUCUGCGUAAUCUGUCAUGCCACUCUGCUACACGAAAUUGGAUUGUAAACACCAUCAUAUCUCUGUUUAAUGGAUUGUCUGAAAAACCUCCUCCCCAAUUACAGUUAACUUCUCCUAGUUUUGUGCCGUCCAUAGAGGAAUGUGAACCAAUACCGAGUACUUCACACGAUCGUGGGGUAUCUUUUCCUGCUUCUGAAAGUGAAUUCCAAUGUUCUACGAAGCCCUUGUCUAACAACACAUUAUUCCAUACUGGAUUUGAAGCUGCCUUGGGUUGCUGGGUACGGAUAUUCCAUCCUGUUCCUCAAAACCUAAUCCAUACAACUUAUCCUCAAAAUGACUCUCAUACUGUUGUGCCACUUGUUCCAAAGAUACGAGCAGUUUUUGUUGCUGGUGUCCUCCUGGAAACUCUGAACGAAUUAACCCGCGCAUUUCCAUCGCAUUUUUAUCCUUCAGAAGUAUGUCAGUCAGAGUCUGCUGGAACUUCUCAUAGCACUGAUAUUGCUUUCACGUCAUUCUGGGAUAUAUUCAAUCGCCUCUCCCAAUCUAACAUAACUCCAUUGUCUGUUGGAUCUACCACACGACCUGUAGUUAGACGAGCAAGAAUUUCAUCAAGAAAAAGACCUGUUUCAAUUUCUGACAAACAACAAGCAAUUGAUUCAACUCAAGAGUCUUCGUCAUCUACAUCGAAAACAUCUAUAAAUCCAUGUCAUAAAUCAUCUAAUUUAACAACCACUGAGACUACUUCAUCAUCAUACUCAGCAGAUGCAUUGGAAAAUGAUUCCAUGAAAGAAGUAACAUAUGAAACACAAUGCACUAACAAUAAUAGUCCCAAGUCUAUUACUACUACCAAUACUACACCAGUGACCGUAAACUGUUUCACUGCUUUAUCUGAAUUACUUUGUCAUCAAUUAUUACACGACCGUCCAAAUCAUCAAGAACGCCUCAUAACUAUUCUUGCUGGGAUUGUCAAAGAUUUCCUACUUAGUCGAUCUCAUUCCAAUAUAUCUGUUGCUCAGGCUUCAACUCAUCCAACUAAUCUUGUUACACCAACCACUGUAAAUACUAUUUUGACUGAUACAAAUCAACAGAAUCCAACAGAUAUAUCAUCACAGCAAUCUACCACUGACAUACAAUCUUCACAUGUUGCAGAAAGUGUCCCCACCUCUAUUCCAGAAGACCAAUCAUCUUCUACACAGCCACCAGUAUCCAAUUCGUCGAAUAAUUUAAUGUAUCCACUAAGACCACAAGUCAUUGAAACUUUAUGUCAACUUGUAUUAGCUCCUAAAUUUUCUGAAACUGCUCGUAUAAUGACCACACAAUUGAUUACUGAUUUGGCUCAAGCAAAUCAAAAUAUGAAGGAAUUAAUUCUUCGUUUACUGUCAAUUACAGCGGGUCAAUUGAUCUCAAAUAUAUCCGACCAGUUGCAGUGUCUUGUGUCUGAAGUUGAUAAGCGACUGAAAGGUAAAGCAUUGGACUCCCUUCCAACACACGAUUCAUCCAAACCGUCUUCAUCUCGUUAUCCUUCAGAGAUAAGUCGUAUUUCUUCUUAUGAUGUUCUCCCUGAUCGCUUUGGUAUACCCGGACAAAUGGUAGUUGUAUCGAGUGAUUCACGUUCUCAGACUGCUACCAAGUUUUCUGACCUACAGUUGAAUUCUUCCGAAGUUUUCACAUGUCCUAACAAUGAUCAAUGUCGUCUUCGUGGUAUUUUGGGUUUAAUGUUACGUAUUGCUGCUGGAGACAGUUCACUAGUUGGUUCGAAUCUAAUCCCUGUAUCGUCUGAUGAUCUGUUAACUUCUGUACCUGGUGUGAAUGAAUUCUGGGACCAUUUGUGCCAAGCAUUUGAAAAACUUCAGGCGUUAAAUGAUCAAAAUGCUGUUCUAUUAUUGCAACCUCUUCUAGAAGUGUUUUGUUUGGCUCAUGUCCAUUUGGUGAAAGACACUAUUCUGCUUCGACAACGUUCCACAAACAGCCGAUCUAGUCGUACUAAUUCGUGUUCUUCAGGUACACUAAGCCUUAUCGACAUGGUGCCACUUUUACAUAUGUGUGUUGAUUCCACAUCUCAUUCAGAACUUGAUACUAAUAGAUCAUCAACGACUGAUCAUCUCUCACACUUGUAUUUCGAUCUUGGUGGACCUCAGUCCCCUGAUGUCUCUACUACAGGAGAGGAUUUAAUAGUUACAGCAUGUACUUCAACUAAUUCGGCAACCGCAUCUCAAAGUCCAUUUUCCAAAAAUCCUAUAAUUGAAUUUGCAGAUAAAUAUCGUCGUGGAUUAAGUCAAGUUCUUCGCCAUCAUGGAGCAAAUAUAGGUGAAUCACCUUUCGCUGUAUUUUUGGCUUAUCCCCGAGUGCUUGAUUUUGACGUCAAACGUCGCUUUUUCCGACAACAACUACAAUCAUUAUCUAAUCGUUCAACAUCCAGUAAUCGUUACGACGAUGACCCAAUAACUGUCUCAAGGGAUCGAAUAUUCGAAGAUAGUUAUGCCAGACUACACAGAAGAUCCGUGAGUGAAUGGAAACAUAAGUUUGUGAUUCGCUUCCAAAACGAAGAGGGUCAAGAUGCUGGCGGUCCAUUGAGAGAAUGGUUUUUAUUAAUGAGUCGAGAAAUUUUCAAUCCAAACUAUUGCCUUUUCCGCGUCUCUCCCGCAGAUCGGGUUACAUACACAAUUAAUCCAAGCUCUUACAUUAAUAGUAAUCAUUUGUCUUAUUUCAAAUUUGUCGGACGUUUUAUCGCUAAAGCUAUUAAUGAUAAUAAACUUCUGGAAUGCUAUUUCACACGAGCGUUUUACAAACAUAUCUUAGGAGUACCUGUCAGGUGCUCUGAUUUAGAAAGUGAAGAUUAUGAGUUUUUCAAAGGAUUAGAAUUUCUCUUAAGUCACGAUGUAUCUGAUUUAGGUUAUGAACUAACAUUUAGUACCGAGAUAAAUGAAUUUGGCAAAACAGAAACUCGUGACCUGAUUGAAAACGGUCGAAAUGUAGCAGUUACUGAGAAUAACAAAAAAGAAUAUGUUCGUUUAGUUUGUCAAGAACGUAUGACUGGUGCUAUACGUCAACAACUUGAUGCUUUCUUAAGAGGUUUCUAUGAUAUCAUUCCUAAACGUAUGAUUAGUAUAUUCAAUGAACAAGAACUAGAAUUAUUGAUUAGUGGUUUGCCUAACAUUGAUUUAGUUGAUUUGAAGGCUAAUACAACUUAUUCAAAAUAUCAACCGAAUUCACCACAAAUUGAAUGGUUUUGGCAAGCAUUAGAAUCAUUUGAUCAAGAAGAUUUAGCACGUUUUCUACAAUUUGUUACUGGUACUAGUAAAGUACCGUUAGGUGGAUUUAUGAAUUUAGAAGGAAUGCAUGGUCCUACUAAAUUUCAAAUUAGUCGUUCAUCUGUUUCAAGUACUAAUUAUUUACCGUCUGCACAUACUUGUUUUAACACACUUGUAUUGCCAGCAUAUGAAAGCUACGAGCAGCUACGAUCAAGACUUUUGAUGGCUAUACGUGAAUGUAGUGAAGGCUAUGGAAUGGCUUAA